AUGGACUUUCUCUACUCUUCGACAUGUCUACAUCCCGUGGGAGAGUUCAAGGGCCAACUCAACGGACUAAUGGUGCCCAAGUACACUGAAGCGGACGCCGAGGAGUGGUACCGGUGGAUCAUGGCCAACAAGGACGCCCAGGCCCUCAUCUACACAGACUCGUCGAUUGGCGUGGAGCAGGGUCGACUGGUGCGGGAUCUGUACCGGCAGUUUGACCCGCGACCCAUGAUCAUCCGACGACUGGAUCAGGACGCCAUCGAGGUGGCCCAAAUACAAAAGUCUCGCGUCAUGGGAUGCGACGGGUUGGUAUUUCCACACUCUGCAAAUAUCUCCGACCUGGCCGACGAGGUCCGAGACUCGGGUCUCCAUAUUCUCAGAGACGGGUUCUCCUACGAAGGCGAGAAGGUAAGUGUCAACCUGGUAACGGACAAAAACACCGGCCACUCCGAAAAGACAAGCCCGACUCCGGAGACGUGCCCCAACCCUAGCACGUGUCCCACCCAUAGCAGUCCCACGGCCCCUGUGGCUCCGCCGGCGCAUCCUACUAACGCCAAUAUCGCCAGUCCCGAGACUGCCGGCCCCGUCGUUAAGAUCUGCGGCCUGCGCACCCUUGAGGCUGCUGUCGUGGCCAUGGAAAGCGGUGCCGACAUGUUGGGUAUGAUUCUCGUUCCUGGACGAGCCCGGACAGUCAAUUUUGACGUUGCACGGGAGAUUGCCGCUGUGGUGCGUUCAGGCAAGUAUAGAAACGCACAUAGUGGUAAGCGGCCGUUAUUGGUCGGCGUAUUCCGCAACCAGCCGUUACCAUACAUUCUGUCAUGUGUUGCGGACCUCAAUCUCGACAUUGUGCAGCUGCAUGGCGACGAGCCGCUCGACUGGUGCAGACAGAUUCCUGUGUCUGUAAUCAAGCGUGUGUCUCCUGGAAAGCGGGACUUCCGACAGUCGCUGGUGGCCGGAUACCAGUCGUUUUCGCUUCUGGACAGCGAGGUGGGUGGAGAAGGACAGCUGGUGGACUGGACCAGUGCGGAAAAGUGGUACGACAACCACGUGCGGUUUAUUUUGGCCGGCGGGCUGACUCCGGAAAAUGUGGCGCAGGCCGUCCAGGUCAAGGGUGUCAUUGGAGUGGACGUCUCUGGAGGCGUGGAGACCGACGGGGAAAAGGAUCUCGACAAAAUCAGGCUGUUUGUCAAAAACGCCAGGGGGUAA